AACCGGAAAUAUACGAAGGGGAAUCACUAGCAUAGAAGUGGUUCCUUUCUUUUCCUGGAAGAAAAGGAGAGAAGACGAAAACGAAGUGGUUCGGGGCUCUCUCUUUCUCAAGAAGCUCUGUGCCUGCCUCUUCUUCUUGGGGCAGUUAGUAGUGAUUUCUCAUACUAAAUCGCCAUGGCUGCUCUUCAGUAUCUCGAAUCUCAGCGUAACGCGCAGCCGGAGCUCGCCGAUUGGUACAAUACAUUGGCGGAUUUGUACCAGAGGAAGCUCUGGCACCAGCUCACUCUCAAGCUUGAGCAGUUCGUUGCCCUAGCUGUAUUUCAGGCAGGUGAUGCUUUAAUACAGUUAUAUCAUAAUUUCAUCACCGACUUUGAGACAAAGAUCAAUCUGCUCAAGCUUGCACAUUUCUCUGUCAUAGUUUCUCGGCAAUAUGCAGAGAAAGAAUCUGCCAUUGGUUAUCUUGAAGGUGUAAUUGAAAAGCUUCGUGCCACUAAGGAGUUGCGCAUAGAGGAGCCAAUCCUUUAUGUCAAGAUGCAGAUAGCUGCAUUCAAGCUUGAGCAAGGAGAUCAAAAAGAGUGCAAGAAACUCUUGGAAGAUGGGAAGAGUACGCUUGAUAGCAUGACUGAUAUUGAUCCAUCAGUAUAUGCAAGCUAUUACUGGGUUUCUUCACAGUACCACAAGUCUCGCCAAGAAUUUGCGGAAUUUUACAAAAAUGCUCUUCUUUAUCUGGCAUACACAUCAGUGGAGUCACUGUCAGAGUCAUUCAAGCUGGAUUUGGCAUUUGAUUUGUCCCUCUCUGCCUUGCUUGGAGAUAAUAUCUACAAUUUCGGGGAAUUGCUAGCUCAUCCAAUUAUAAAAUGUUUAUUGGGGACAAAGGUAGAAUGGCUAUACUAUAUUCUCCAGGCAUUCAACUCUGGUGAUUUAGUUCGCUAUCAAGAACUCUGUCAUGUUCAUAAAGCUGCAUUGAGUGCUCAGCCAGCAUUGGUAGAGAAUGAGAAGAAGUUAUUGGAAAAGAUCAACAUUCUCUGCUUGAUGGAAAUAAUAUUCAGUCGUCCUUCAGAAGAUCGAACUAUUCCAUUAAGUGUCAUCGCAGAGCGUACAAAACUUUCAAUAGAGGAUGUGGAGUAUCUUCUCAUGAAGAGCCUUUCUGUUCAUCUUAUCGAGGGGAUAAUUGAUCAAGUUGAGGGAACAGUUCAUGUUUCGUGGGUUCAACCAAGAGUUCUGGGUAUACCACAUAUCAAAUCGUUGUGUGACCGCCUGGACAAUUGGUUAGAGAAAGUACACACUGCUUUGUUAUCGGUUGAGGCAGAAACACCUGACCUAGUUGCAUCUUGAAUUUUUGUUUAUUGAUCUCCCUUUUCCCUGCUCUCUGUAUCAAUCUGUGACACCAAGGGGAAAAAAAAAAGGAAAAGACUGUUAGCCGCUCAAAGGAUUGUGAUACCGUUGGCAUUUUUAUUUUUGCCUAAUCUUUCUUGAAUCUUUUUUUUUUUUUUUUCCCGGCAAGAGCCAAUCCUGUGUUUUUAUUUUUUAAUUCUUAAAAUUGUUUGGAUCUAUUGACAGUAAACUUGGAAUGAUUAAUUCUUCA